AGCCCCUGUUUUGAAGCGGUUUCAUAAACACGCACACUCACACACACACACACACGCACACACACACACACACACACACACACGGGGCUCCCUGAUGUCAGCCGCGAACCGUUACUCCAGCCUGACACGUUAAACCCGCAGGUACCUCCCGGACCCAGGACCUCCUCUCCGCUGGAACUUUCACCGCAACUAGCUCUUCGUUUACCCGGUUUUCCCACUUGAGAAGCUUUUGCGAGCAGCGUUGAACCAACGAUAAUUCGUGCCGCUUUAUUUGUCGCGGCGUAAGGUCAAGAACGGAAUAGAUAAGACUCGGAGGUCGUUUAUUCUGUAACUUAUUCGCAAGCGAAUGUAGAUUUUGUCCUUUUAUAAAGGAGUCAACAGACAACUUAUUUUCAAUAACGAAUUGAUUAACCGAUCUACCGUAAACCACCGAGGAGCGAUCGUAACCUACCGAAGAACUACCGUCACCCGCCGAAGAACAACCGUAACCCACCGAAGAACUACCGUAAUCUACCGAAAAACUACCCUAACCAACCAAAGAACUACCUUUACCCACCGAAGAACUACCUUAAUCUACCGAAGAACUACCGUAACCUGCCGACGGCUGUCAGCUGUCACCGCGGCGGUCCAGCCCCUCUCAGCACCCAUCUCUGUCUCAGCACCGGGUCGUGCAGCACUCGGACCCUCGGACCUCAGGCCGAACAGAAGCAGCCAGGCAGCGGGUCGUGAAGCACUGAGUCCUGCCUCGGAUUGUUUUAAUAUCGGUGUUAUUGUUGAAAAUGGCGUCGUUCGGAAUGGUGCAGAUGUUGAUCGAAGCAGCCGAGUACCUUGACCGCAGGGAAAGAGAAGCGGAGCAUGGCUACGCCUCGCUGCUGCCCUUCACCAGCAGUAAAGAGAGGGACAACCUCAAACGCAAGAGCAAGAGCAAGAAGAACACAAGUAGCAGGUCUACGCACAACGAAAUGGAAAAGAACAGACGGGCUAACCUACGGCAGUGUCUGGAGCGGUUGAAGUCUCUGGUCCCGCUGGGUGCGGACACCAGCAGACACACCACCCUCAGCCUGCUGAUGAAGGCCAAGGACCACAUAUCGCGGCUGGAGGACAGCGAGCGGCGGGCGCAGCACACCCUGGAGCAGCUGCAGCGGGAGCGGCGCCACCUGCGGCGGCGGCUGGAGCAGCUGGGGGUGGAGCGGACGCGCAUGGACAGCACCGGCUCCACCCGCUCCGACGACGACGACAAGUCCGACUCGGACCAGGAGGACCUGGAGGUGGACGUGGAGGGCACCGACCUGCUGCUCGGGGACCUGGAGUGGAGCUCCAGCAGCGGGGGCGAGUCGGGGGACGAGCGGGGCAGCCCGCGGGGCAGCAGCUGCAGUGACGAGGGCUACUCCUCCGCCAGCCUGCGCCGGCUGCAGGACUCCCUGGAGGAGGCCAAGCAGCUAGGCUGCAGCCUGUAGGGGCCCCCCGGCACGGCCCC